AUGGUGCAUGAGCAGCUACAUGUGGAAAAUAUUCAUCUCCAGGAAUUAAUCAAGAUUUUAUUUGGAGAUGCUGAGAACAAAGGAGUUUCAAUAGCUUCCUCUGCUAAUAGAGAAGUAAAUAUCCUUGAUCACAAAUUUGACUUCUACAGCAUCUUAUUGGAGCUACUUUAUGAAGUGCACAAGAAUGAUCCUUAUGAACAACCGAAACUGUUUGAAAAGGUGCUGGAAUGGUAUCACCUGAAUCAAGUUAAAUUGAAGCUUACAAACAGUGAAGUCACCCAGGAUGAUUCUGUUACUCAGUUAUCUGAAGUUAUAAACAUAGGGCAAGACACAAAUGAAGUUGAUCUAAAGAGUGGGGCAACUGACCAUACAAGUGCAGUUGGAGAAGUUAACAGGAUACAGACUUCUGAUCAUAUUUGUCCUGAUGAAAAUGCAGACUGUUCUGUAAUUACUGCAAAGAAAUCCAUGGAGUCGUAUCAGAAGAAAACAUCUAUAAUAUCUGCAAGCUCUACAAGGCCAAAAACCUCUCCGGAAUCAAGAACUCUCAGAAAACUGUACAGGCCUGUUGCCCGCCAACCCUCAGAGAGCUUUCGAUCAUUCUGUGAGAGGAACCUACAGCUCCAAGAGAUUUCACAGGAAAAAUGUCCACAGAAUCCCAUUUUUGAAAGAAAAGGUGCUCUAAAUUUACGUGAUGUUUUAAGUGCAGCCAAUGCCGUCAGUAAGCAAAUUGAACUAAUGAAAAUGAAAAGAGCACAGAGUGUAUCUCCUUAUCAGUCUCGAGCUGUGUCAAAAGUUCAUGAACAAAGUCUGCGAAAAGCUGGACCAUAUUCUGCCAAAGGAAGAAACGUUUAUCAUGAUUGGAGAGGCCUUGUCACUCAAGAAUCCUCUGGAACUUACUCUGUUGCAGUGGUGAGUCAUUCUUCCCAGAGAGCGUGGUCAGCAAAGAAGGUUUUGAAAGCUAAAAGGAAGAAGAAGUCAGCACCACAGAGCAAUGUCCAAAAAGCUCUGGACUGCAUCUUACACCAAAAGGAUACCAUUGGCCAGAGGGGGGCAUCAGUAGAAGGUAUUCCUGAAAAAACACUGUGGAAAGAUGCUGCAGUGGCAAGCCCAGAAAGUCCAAAGUCACAGAGAAGCGAGCCUGAACAGGUUGACCAGCCUACUGGUAGUUCGUAUCCUUUGUUGUCUCUUGACAAGGUUCAACAAGAAAUUAAAAGACUCCACAUGGAAAAAGAUCCCAGAAAUCAAUUCUCAGAUUACUGUCCGGAUUCAAGAAUCGAUGAAGUGCAAAAUGCAAAUAUAUUGAUAGAACAGAAGUGUUUUGACAGUACUGACAUAUACUUACUGGAGUCUGAAGUAGGUGCUGAACCAUUUUGCGAUUGUAAAAAGACUGAUUUCAUAUCUGUUGAGAUUCUAGGUCAAUUAGAAGACACAUGUAAAGCAACUAGAGGGCAGGUCACUACUAUUGAAAGUUCUUCUGACACCCAGAGUUUGAUUUACCAAAACAGUGACGGGCCUAUCAAACACAAACUUGACAGAAGCAUUAAUGUUGGAUUAGAAUUUAAUGACAGUGUCAUAUCUACAGUCACGACUGGAAACAAGCCAAUGCAAGAUGGUAAUAUGGAGAAGAGAGUGGUAAAGCAUUUAAAGAGCAUAUUCCAGAGAUUUCGUGCAAUGAAGAUUACUUAA